GUCAGAUCAUAUCCAUCUGCUUAUAAGUAACGGAUCGGCACGGACAGCUGUCAGACAACCACCAGGCGGAGUAAAUCCAGGUGCGCAGCGCUCAUCCAAACCAACAGCAAUGCCUCACUCCGUGUUUCCACUGUGCGUCCUGGGACUCCUAGCCCUCUCCUCCGCCUGUUACAUCCAAAACUGCCCCAGAGGAGGCAAACGAGCCCUGCCGGAGACUGGACUAAGACAGUGCAUGCCUUGUGGCCCUGGGGACAGGGGGCGCUGUUUUGGCCCCAGUAUCUGCUGUGGGGAGGGCCUCGGCUGCCUGCUGGGCUCCCCAGAAACAGCUCACUGUGUGGAGGAGAACUACCUGCUCACCCCCUGCCAGGCCGGAGGGAGACCCUGUGGAUCUGAGGGAGGACGCUGUGCUGCCUCAGGGCUCUGCUGCGAUGCAGAGAGCUGUGCUGUGGACUCGGACUGCCUGGUGGAGACAGAGGAUGUGGCCCACAGCUCUCCAGUCUCAGGGAGCUCACCUGCAGAGCUGCUGCUGCGCCUGCUGCAUGUGGCCACUAGAGGGCAGACUGAGUACUAAAAACUUGUGCGGUUCCUCUCCUCCUCAAGGCCUGGCUCCCCACAAGCGCAACAGAGUGAAGAUCUUUCACCUUCAUUCCAUCAUAGUCCAACAGAGAAAGAUGAUCUCUUC